UAAAUUGUACACCUUUAGCAAUGUUAUGCUACACAAGAAACUCUUGGUUAAGCCUCAGUCCUAAUGCUUGGACUUUUUACAUGGACUGCCCAGUUGUUGAAAAAUGGGAGGAGACAAGAUUCACUUGUAUAUCUACUACAGAGUAGAGGGGAGAAAGCACAGAGGUUUUUGAGCUGUAACUAGUUGUUGUCUUGGUGUGUUUGUCUAUUGACAUAUUUUUUGUAUCUAUCUCUAUAUUUAUUUAUAAUUUAUUUGAAUUCUUGUAUCACCCAAGACCAAGUGGAUUCAGGAGAAACUAAUAUUUCUUGAAAUUGACAGAAAUUUUGAAAAUGGAAAAAGAGAACCUUUCCCAUGAAUCAGUUCCACCCUACCCAGGACCACCACUGAACUAUGGGAGUGCUGCUCCUCCAGCUGUUGUAUACGGAGUUCCGUCCCCAGGUGUACCGGCUUCAACAGUGACUCAUGUGGUGGUAACACCUGGACUACGUGACGUUCCUGGACAAACUGUGUGUCCUCACUGCAAUCAGACGGUGGUCACUAACACAGAAUUCACCUCAGGCCUGUUGACCUGGUUGAUCUGCGGUGGCAUGGCCCUUGUUGGAUGUUUCCUCUGCUGCUGCAUCCCAUUCUGCCUUGAUUCAUGUAAGGAUGUGGAGCACCGCUGUCCAUCUUGCCAAAAUGUUGUUUACAUGUACAAGCGGAUAUGAAUUUCGACUGUAUUCCACCAAAGGGAGUUCCUACUUCUGUCUCAUUAUUUACAACACUAAGCCCAAAACAUGUUUUCAAACCUUUUGCAGAUACCAAAGAAUUUUGAAUAUUCAGAAUAUACAAUAUAUAACCUAAAGUCAAACCUAAAGUCAAAAAUCUAACUAUAGUUAUCCAGCUGAAUGCUUGAUAAUAGCCUAGCCUGUGUUCGAACAACUGUAGCUAUUUAGCUAAGAUUAGAUUUUGUUUUUAGCAGCCUCCUAAUUAAACAUCUAAAUGAUGUGUUGUACUGAAUAAGUAGUAGAUCAUAGAUGAAUAGAUGAUGUGUUGUUUAGGCCUACUAUAUACUGUAUUUGGCCUGUAUUAUUCUUCCACUGUGUCCUUUUCUCUUCCCAAAUUAGCUGUGAUGCUAAAAUUGCAUAGCUUAUUGUGCAGCUAAAAUCUUCAAAAUGGUACCUGAUUGCAACUAAGUGCUAAUAUCCAUUAUUGAUGAACAAUGUGUAUGGAGUGUCUUGUGUGCUAGAAAACAAUGGCAGUUUAUCUAUCAAGGCUAGCAUAUGUAUUUCAAAAUAAUUGUUUUUGUGGUGAUGCUGUUUAUAGAUUGAUUUAUUUUUGUCUAUUUUCAAAGGCUAAUUUCCACAAAAUGGAAGAAAAAAAUAGUUCAUGUAACUGUAAAAAACCAUUGGUUUUAAUUUUGUCUGUAUGUACUGAUUUGGAAUUUAAAUGUAUCUAUGGCUGCUGUGAUAUAUAUCAGUGAGAUUAAAUGUUGUGCAUUACAAUAAGAAA